AUGAAGAUAAGAACGACCUUUCCAGCAGUUGGUAUGCAGAUGUCUUUCAAUCAGGAAAUCGGAAACAGUUUAAAAGCAUUAGAUGCAAAGGUUAAUAUCAAAUUAGCGCAAAUAUCUAAUCGGGUUGAUGAAUUAUUCAACUACUUGCGCAGCCUACAGAUGGCCAGUUGUAUCCCGAAUUUGCUUCCAUUCCUGCAGACAUAUCACAGUGAAGCACAAGGAGUACAAAAAAAUGGAAUACGAAGUCAACCACAGUCAUUUCCCGAUGAGAAAGAUAUGGUCUUCUAUGGUACCCAUUGUCAGUCGCCAUUACUUGGACAAACACCCUUGUCAAGAUGCCACACAGUUACGUACCCCCGACAAUACAUUCAACACCAACAACCAAGCGGGCGUUGUUAUUUCCACGGGAUUGAAAAUCACAGGUGCGCAUUUGCAAAUCAUCCAUUUCAAUCUCAUCAUCAGCCUAAUGUUAACCAUACAAAUCAUAUCAACCAACAAGGUGAAGGACAGCCGUGUGUAUACCUGCCGUACGUGUCUUUACACGUGUAUGAUAUAUUUGUGGGUGUGGGUAGAUGA